GUCGUACAAUCUUCUUGUUUUUUUUCCCGAAUUGGCAUAUCACCUGUCAAAGUUUUUCACUUUUAAAGUUUUCAUUGCCAUCAUCCAUCAGACUGAGCAAAACAAUUCAUCAUGCCUAGAGCUCCUUCUUCAACCAAAGGAAAGAAAGCAAGCAGAUCUGGAAGGGGUAACAAUAAUGGCCUCAGACAUGAUCCUCUUGGUGCGCAAAUGCAAGCCGAUGAAUUAACAUCAAAAUUUGGUACGGUUUCUGAGCCAGGUAGAAGGAAUAAACAAAAAGAAGUUAGACAAACAGAUGGAAUAGAAACCGCAGAUGAACCUUCUCUAAGGAUAACGGGUGCUAAAGCAGGUCAAUUCAUCGAUCCAAAAUUGAGCAGAAAUAUCUUAAGAUUGGCAAGAGAACAACAACAAGAGAUCGAAGCAGAAGAAGCACAAGCUGGAUUAACAGAAGCCGAAGCAAAUGGCAAAACAGAUUUCAGAAUUCAAUCAAAAAUCACUCUUGAUGAUUCAGACGAAGAAGAUGAUGAAGGAGAGGAAGAUGAUGGAGAGCUAGAUUCAAACAUGGGAGAUGAGGGAGAACAAGGCGAAGAAGCAUAUGAAGAACUAGAAAUUGAUCCAGAAGAUGCCAAAUGGAUAGACAAAUUUGCAGAGAACGAUGACGAAACCGGAAGACCCGGUGCACCUGCAGGAGGUAACAAGACUUUGGCAGAUUUGAUCAUGGAAAAGAUUGAAGCAGCUGAAAGGCAAAAUGCACAGGGCGGAAUACACGAAAAAGCAGCAAGAGGAGCCGAAGGUGGCGAUAUGCCCAUGCCACCCGGUAUUAAUCCAAAAGUGAUCGAAGUGUAUACCAAAGUGGGUGAGCUUCUGUCGCGAUACAAGUCAGGCCCUUUACCCAAAGCGUUUAAAAUUAUUCCCUCUCUGCCUGCUUGGGAGAAUAUUCUCUAUAUCACCAAUCCUCCUACAUGGACACCACAUGCUACUUUGGCAGCAACAAGAAUAUUCGUUUCAAAUUUGAAAGCAAAUCAGACACAGAAGUUCUUUGAGCUGGUAUUAUUGGAUAAGAUACGAGAUGAGAUUGCAGAAACAGGAAAAGCAAGUUAUCAAAUGUAUGAAGCGAUCAAAAAGGCAUUGUUCAAACCUGCAGCCUUUUUCAAGGGAGUACUCUUUCCAUUAUGCGAGACAGGGUGUACGCUCAAAGAGGCUGCAAUCAUUUCCAGUGUUUUAACAAGGGUCUCUAUUCCAAUCUUGCAUUCUGCUGCUGCUUUAUUACGAUUAGCAGAGAUGCAUUAUGCUGGACCGACUUCAUUAUUCAUUCGAGUCUUAUUGGAUAAAAAGUAUGCUUUACCCUACAAAGUUGUUGAUGCUCUUGUUUUCCAUUUCUUGCGUUUUUCCGAUCCAACAAUGGGCGUCGAAAGAGUGGAAGGAGGUGGUAGAAGGAUGCCGGUUUUAUGGCAUCAAAGUUUGUUGGUCUUCAGUCAAAGGUACAAGCAAGAUCUCACUCCCGAUCAAAAAGCAGCUUUGGUCGAUCUUUUACGAGUUCAAUGGCAUGAAGGAAUCAGUCCGGAAGUACGACGUGAAUUGAACAGCGGAAAAGCAAGAGGAGAGAUGCUCGACGAACCUGUGGACGAAGACGAUGAUGAUAUGAUGUCAGUUUAAGCACUUUUAUCUCAAACACAAUUGUAUAGUACCGCACAUACCAUCUAUAAUCAAUCGUAUCAUAUUG